UAUACGAGCGAAUGUGGUGCCCUUCACGGCAAGAAAACAGGGAAAUAGCGGACGCCUCUUCCGAUCCUGCCAACACCGAAGCUCUCCAACCAUGCCGACAGUGAGUGUUAAAUGGCAAAAAGAGACCUUCCCAGCUGUAGAAAUUGACACAAACCAGUCACCAUAUGUUUUCAAAUGUCAGUUGUAUGAUCUAACAGGAGUGCCUCCUCAGAGGCAGAAGAUUAUGGUUAAAGGUGGUUUAUUAAAGGAUGAUGCUGAUUGGUCAAAAUUAGGAGUGAAAGAGGGUCAAAAGUUGAUGAUGAUGGGAACAGCAGAUGAGAUCGUGAAGGCCCCAGAAAAGGGCCCUGUUUUCAUGGAAGAUCUACCAGAAGAAGAACAAGUGGUUGCUGUGGGUCAUACUGCCGGCUUAAUUAAUCUUGGCAAUACCUGUUACAUGAACUCUACGGUACAAUGCUUGCAUUCAGUUCCAGAGUUGAAAUCGGCAUUGAUUAAGUACCCGCAUUCUGGAAGAAGCAAUGAUUUGGACCAGUCUUCUCAUAUAUUGACUGUAGCAACAAGAGAUCUAUUUAAUGAGCUUGACAAAAGUUAUAAACCCGUGGCUCCGGUGCAGUUCUCCAUGGUUUUGCAGAAAAAGUAUCCACAAUUUGGCCAGCUUCAUAAUGGAUCCUUAAUGCAGCAGGAUGCUGAAGAAUGUUGGACACAACUUCUAUAUACCCUUUCUUUGUCUCUUAGGUCACCAGGUUCCAGUGAGAAUCCGGACACUGUGAAGGCACUCUUUGGUAUUGAACUUGUUAGCAGGGUGCACUGUGAAGAAAGUGGUGAAGAAAGCUCAGAGACAGAAUCAGUUUAUGCGCUGAAGUGCCACAUAUCACACGAAGUGAACCAUUUGCACGAGGGGCUGAGGCAUGGUCUGAAAUCAGAAUUGGAGAAAGCUUCUCCUGCUUUGGGCCGCAGUGCAAUUUACUUAAAAGAUUCACGUAUCAAUGGCUUGCCAAGGUACUUAACCAUUCAGUUUGUUCGAUUUUUUUGGAAGAGGGAAUCAAACCAGAAGGCCAAGAUUUUGCGGAAAGUGGAUUAUCCACUGGAGUUGGAUGUUUAUGAUCUGUGUUCUAAUGAUCUUCGCCAAAAAUUAGAAGCUCCUCGCCGGAAAUUAAGAGAUGAAGAAGGUAAAAAGCUUGGUUUAAAAACCAAUGAUAAGACCUCAGGUUCUGCGAGCAAGGAUGUCAAGAUGACUGAUGCUGAGGGACCGUCAAAUGGCAGUGGAGAAUCAUCUAAUGCGAUCUCACAGGAAGGUGUUGUACCCGAGAAGGAGAUGCACUUGACUGGAAUAUAUGAUCUGGUUGCUGUGCUGACUCACAAGGGUAGAAGUGCUGAUUCAGGGCAUUAUGUUGCUUGGGUCAAGCAAGAAAGUGGGAAAUGGAUUCAGUAUGAUGAUGAUAAUCCCAUCCCUCAACGGGAAGAAGAUAUUACAAAACUUUCUGGGGGAGGUGAUUGGCAUAUGGCUUACAUCUGCAUGUACAAAGCUCGCCUUGCCCCCAUGUAAAUUACUAUUUAUUGGAAUAAUCAGUGGAGGGCUUACUUGCUUUAUCAAAAACUGAUUAAAUAUGCUAUGACCAGUUUGUUUUAGAUUGUGCUUGUUUUACCCCUAGGCUAAUGAAUUUGUGGGCUAAGCUUUGGUGACUUUUAUGUGUGUGUUUAUGCAUUUCUUCUUUCAACUUAUACUAAAAGAAAAUGAAAAAUGUCGUUGGGACAAUCAACCCUUGAUUAAGGUGAGCAAUGAUCUUGUUUUCUGG